UGCAACAAUAUGGCUGCCAAUGCGAUAUUCCAAAACAUGUCUUCGUUUUCCUCAUCACCACCUACUUUAACAACGAAUUCUCAGAAAGUUCCAACAUUCAAAAUCUCACCCAAUUCUCAAAAACCCGCCAUUAUCCAUUCUCUCAAACAAAUUUGCCGGCAAGACAACAUCAAAGAAUCAGUUUUUACCCUCUCUAAUUUAAUUGAGACUUGUGCAUUUGAAAAAACUUUACUACAAGGUCAACAAAUCCAUGCCCAUGUCCUAAAAUUGGGUUUAUCGGGUGAUGAUUCAGUUUUCUUGAACACCAAGAUUGUUUUCAUGUAUGGUAAGUGUGGGUCAAUUGGUGAUGCCCAGAAGGUGUUUGAUAGAAUGACUGAAAGAACUGUCUUUACUUGGAAUGCUAUGAUUGGUGCUUGUGUUGUAAAUGGGGUGCCUAUUAGAGCAAUUGAGUUGUAUGGGGACAUGCGUUUCUUGGGUGUUGCGACAGAUGCUCACACUCUUUCUAGUACAUUGAAGGCAACUAGUCAGCUUGAAAUUUUGUACUGUGGAAGUGAAAUACAUGGCGUCGCGAUAAAACUUGGUCUUAUUUCUAAUGUUUUUGUGGUGAACUCACUGGUGACUAUGUAUACUAAGUGCAAUGAUAUCAGGGCAGCAUCAUUGUUGUUUACUGGAAUGAGUGAAAAAGAGGACACUGUUUCAUGGAAUUCUAUGAUUUCUGCUUAUACUAUAAAUGGGAUGAAUCAGGAAGGUUUAAGUCUCUUCGUUGAAAUGCUGAAUGCCAGUGUUGAACCUACCACGUAUACGUUUGUUGCUGCGAUUCAAGCAUGUGAGGAGACAAGUUUUGGAAAAUUUGGGAUUGAGAUUCAUGCUGUUGUUCUGAAAUUGGGUUAUUCUUUUGAUACAUAUGUUGCGAAUGCUUUGUUAAUGAUGUACAUUAAAAACAAUAGAUUAGAUGAAGCUGCUAAAAUAUUCUUCCAUAUGCAAGAAAAGGACAACAUUUCUUGGAAUUCCAUGAUAUCAGGUUAUGUGCAGAAUGGACUUUAUGAUGAAGCGAUUAAUAUGUUUCAUGAGAUGAUGAAUGCAGGUCAGAAACCUGACCACGUCUCACUUAUGAGUAUGCUUGUCGCAUCUGGAAGACAGGGAAAUUUGUUAAAUGGGAUGGAAAUUCAUGCCUUUUCACUGCGAAAUGGUUUGGAUAGUGAUUUGCAGGUUGGCAAUACUCUUGUAGAUAUGUAUGCCAAGUGUGGUAAGUUAGAUUACAUGGACUCUGUCUUUGGUAGGAUGCUGCAUAGAGAUGGUGUCUCUUGGACUACAAUUAUUGCUGCUUAUGCUCAGAAUAAUUUUCCCUGGAGGGCCGUGCAAUUAUUUCGCGAGGUACAGGCAGAAGGAAGCCAUGUUGAUGCCCUUAUGAUUGGAAGUGUCCUCCUUGCUUGUACUGAGUUGAGGUGCAACUUACUUGCAAAAGAAAUCCACUGCUAUGUGAUUAAAAGAGGAAUAUGUGAUCCUUUUAUGCAGAAAACUCUUGUGAGUGUUUAUGGAGAUUGUGGGAACGUGGUCUAUGCAAAUAGUAUUUUUAGGUUGAGUGAAGUUAAAGAUGUCGUGUCCUUUACAAGCAUGAUGUGCAGUUAUGUUCAAAAUGGACUUGCAAAUGAGGCUCUUGGUCUCAUGCUCUGUAUGAAUGAAAUGCGAAUCGAGGCAGAUUUUGUUGCAGUCCUAAGCAUGCUCACUGCUGCUGCUGAUCUAUCUUCCUUAAGGAAAGGAAAAGAGAUUCAUGGAUUUUUGGCUAGAAAAGGCCUCCUUCUGCAAGAUUCCAUUAGAAGCUCUCUAAUAGAUAUGUAUGCCAGCUGUGGGACUCUGGAGAACUCAUAUAAGGUGUUUAAUUAUUUAAAGAGCAAAGAUCCAGUUUGUUGGACGAGCAUGAUAAAUGCUUGUGGAUUACAUGGUUGUGGUAGGAAAGCAAUCGAUAUAUUCACGAGGAUGGAGAAGGAAAAUAUUCACCCAGAUCACAUAACCUUCUUGGCUGUUCUUCGUGCAUGUAGCCAUGCGGCGCUAAUAGAAGAUGGCAAAAGAAUUUUCAAGAUAAUGCAAAGCAAGUACACAUUGGAGCCUUGGCCAGAACACUAUGCUUGUUUUGUUGAUUUGCUUGGACGUGCAAAUCACUUGGAAGAGGCAUUCCAAAUUGUAAAAACAAUGAACUUGGAGGAUAUACCUGCCGUCUGGUGUGCUCUCCUUGGUGCUUGUCAGGUAUAUGCCAAUAAAGAGUUAGGAGAAAUUGCUGCGAUGAAGCUUCUUGAACUAGAUCCCAAGAAUCCAGGAAAUUAUGUUCUUGUAUCUAAUGUGUAUGCUGCGACUAAUAGAUGGGAUGAUGUGGAAGAAGUCAGAGUUACAAUGAAAGGAAAAGGGCUGAAGAAAGAUCCUGCAUGUAGCUGGAUAGAGGUAGGAGAUAAGGUUCAUACAUUUGUUGCUCAAGAUAAGUCGCACCCAGAGUGUGAUAAGAUUUAUGAAAAAUUAGCUUAUCUCACUGAGAAAUUGGAGAAGGAAGCAGGUUAUGUGGCUCAAACCAAAUAUGUUUUGCACAAGGUGGAGGAGAAAGAAAAAGUUAAGUUGCUUAAAGGACACAGUGAAAGACUAGCUAUUGCAUAUAGUUUACUUGCCAGUACUGAUAGAAACCCCAUUCGAAUCACAAAAAAUCUCCGCGUCUGUAGUGAUUGCCAUACUUUCAGUAAGCUAGCUUCUAAGUACCUAGAGCGAGAAAUUAUAGUUAGAGAUGCCAAAAGAUUUCACUAUUUCAGGGAUGGGAUAUGUUCCUGUGGAGAUUUCUGGUGAAACUAGUAGUUGGUUAUUCUAUUAAGAACUUCAUGAUGAUAACUAACUCUACUGCUUGGUAACACCCACUUAUAAGACGACUCAACAUCUAUGAGAAGCUUCUGGUGAGGGUGGAGGAUCUUUUUUCAUAUGGUGCGGCAUGGAUAUCAAAGGUGCCGUGGAAGGUGUGCUUCACGUGGUUAGCUACUAGAGGGGUGAUUUUGACGGCAGAUAACCUUAGAAAGCGAAAGGUUGUCUACAUGAGCUGGUGUUUCCUAUGUAAGGAGACUGGUGAGGACAUGGAUCAUAUUCUGUUAUAUUGCAAAUUAGCCACGAGGUUAUGGAAGGAUAUGUUUA